AUGAAGACCACUUGGAAGGAUAUCCAACCGGUGCCGACGCACCAGGAGUUCCUUGAUAUUGUCCUGAGUCGGACACAAAGACGAUUGCCCACGCAGAUCCGUGCUGGGUUCAAGAUCAGUCGAAUCAGAGCCUUCUAUACGCGAAAGGUCAAAUUCACCUCUGAGACUUUCUGUGAGAAAUUCUCGGCGAUUCUUGAUGGAUUCCCAAGACUGCAGGAUAUUCAUCCAUUUCACAAGGAUUUGUUGAACACGCUGUACGAUGCCGACCAUUUCAGAAUUGCGCUCGGUCAAUUGUCGACUGCGAAGCGCCUGGUCGAGACGGUUUCUCGCGAUUACGUACGCUUGCUUAAAUAUGCACAGUCGCUGUUCCAGUGCAAGCAGCUGAAGAGAGCUGCCCUUGGACGUAUGGCAACGAUAUGCAAGCGUCUAAAAGAUCCGCUCCUCUAUCUCGAGCAGGUCCGUCAGCAUUUGGGCCGUCUUCCAGCGAUCGACCCCAACACUCGAACCCUACUUAUCUGCGGAUAUCCAAAUGUUGGUAAAUCAAGUUUCCUGAAGAGCGUCACCAAGGCGGAUGUCGAUGUUCAGCCAUACGCUUUCACUACGAAGAGUUUGUUCGUUGGACAUUUCGACUAUAAGUAUCUCCGAUUCCAGGCCAUCGACACCCCGGGAAUUCUAGACCACCCGCUCGAGGAGAUGAACACCAUCGAGAUGCAGUCGAUCACGGCAAUUGCGCAUUUGAGAUCGGCCAUUCUCUACUUUAUGGAUCUCUCUGAACAGUGUGGCUACUCGGUUAUCGACCAGAUCAAGCUAUUCAACAGUAUCAAACCGCUUUUCUCGAAUAAGCUCGUUUUCAUCGUUAUCAACAAGAUCGACGUGAUGCGCCCAGAGAACCUUGACCCUGAGACCCAGGAGCAACUGCAGGCUGUCCUUAAAUCAUCUGGUGUGGAGAUGCUGCAGCUUUCAUGCACUACGACCGAAGGAGUGACUGCGGUGAAAAAUGCGGCUUGCGACAGACUGAUCGCCGAGCGAGUUGCACAGAAGUUGAACACGGGUGCCAAUAGCUCAGGCGCUCCUACAGGACGACUGGGCGACGUUUUGGCUCGUAUUCAUGUAGCUCAACCUUUGGGUGGAGUGCGUGAAACGUUCAUCCCGGAGGCCGUCAAGACGCUCAAGAAAUACGAUAAGAAUGACCCCGAGAGACGCAAACUGGCAAGGGAUAUCGAAGAAGAGAAUGGUGGCGCUGGUGUUUACAGCUUUGAUCUCAAGGAGGGCUACCUCCUCGCCGAUGACGAUUGGAAGCACGAUAAGAUGCCUGAGGUCUGGGAAGGAAAGAACAUCUACGACUUUGUCGAUCCUGAUAUUGAGGAGAAAUUGGCACAGCUGGAAGAGGAGGAAGAGAAGUUGGAGGAAGAAGGAUACUACGACUCUGACGAAUCCGUUGAAGAUGCUGACGAGGCUGAGAUUCGCAUGAAAGCUGAUCUGAUCAGAGAGAAGCGGGCACUGAUCAUGAAUGACUCGAAGAUGAGGAAAUCCCUGAAGAACCGCGCGCUGAUUCCACGAAGCUCAAGGAGCAAGAAACUGUCUGAUAUGGAGAAACAUCUCGAUUCGAUCGGUUACAAGGCAACUGCCUCUUCUUCGCGUGCCAGAGCUCAGCCUCAAUCCCGUGGCCGAACCGCCACUAGAGAUGAGCCAGAUGCCAUGGACGUUGAUACCCCAGAGUCGCAACACGAUGCACUCCGACGAGCCGUCAGCCGUGCACGAAACCAGGCAGCUACCAACCGUCGCGUGGACGGUGUGACCAACUUGUCAAGCAGGUCCAACGCAGAGCGACUCAUGAAACUCGGCCAGAAGACCAUGAACCGUAUGGCCAGACAGGGUGAAGCAGACAGACACACUCCUGCCUCUCUACCCAAACAUUUGUUCUCUGGCAAGCGUUCUAUCGGCAAGACCCAACGACGUUAA